CUACAAAUCUUACUAGUUUUGUGAAUUAAGGAAUAUAAUUUCUUGUUUUUCCCACAUUUAAAGUGCAAUUUAUUAAAAGAAAUUCCAUGAAAAACACCUAUAAGAUUAAGGAGAAUACAAAAUCAUUGCGAGAAAUAGUGCGUGUGUUCCGUAAAUAAAUAAAAAAUAAGCGUGAAAAGCGCGUCGUUGCGAAAGGAGGAAGGAAAAAUAUAUACAAUAGUUUGAAGUGAAGAGUGAAAGGGUGCUAUUGCAAAUUAAAAAAAAAAACAAGAAAAGUGUUAUCGGGUCUAGUGCGCUCCUGGCACAUUGCUUACUCGUUGCUGUGGCCUAUGCAAAAGCAAAAAUAUCGACGAGAAUAAUGUCAACAAUAACGCGAAAAUAAGUAAAGUCGUAUUGUGAAGUAAUAGGAAAACGCGCGUAAAUUGUUGCAAGAGUUUUCUUUUAUUUAUUUGGUGUUGCUUGAAAAUUUCAUAUUAAAUAGUUGUUGAUAUAAACCAAUGUCCAAAAAAUGAGUGCAGAUACUUUCGAUGAAGACUUCUUCGAGACACGCCUGGAGGCGCUUAAGGACACACAGGAGGGCAUACAGCAAAUGUCAGCUUGGUGUCUACAACAACGUACUCACCACAAAAAGAUUGUUGCCUGCUGGUUGAAUGUCUUAAAAAGAGUACGUGUGGAACACAGACUUACGCUAUUCUAUCUGGCAAACGAUGUCAUACAAAAUAGUAAACGGAAACGGUAUGAGUUUGUUGAAAGUUGGGCUACUGCUUUGCAGAGAGCAACAACAAUGGUCAGAGAUGAAAAAGUUAAAGGCAAAGUUCUACGCAUACUCAGUAUUUGGGAGCAGCGGGACAUAUACAGUGAGGAAUAUCUGAGCGAUUUAAGCGGCUUAUUGAAUAUAAAUCCACCAAAGAAAGCACAAUCAGUUACUGUAGAAUCCUCAGAUGAUUAUACGAAUGGUCCACUCAUAGCCAAUGUACGGGAAUGUGUUGAACUCUCUUUGGCGACAGACAAUAGUUUUAAAAAACUACCGAAAGCUCCUAAUUGUGAUAUCGAAUUGAUAAAGCAACAAAUAAAGGACAAAAGCCAUUCAGAUGAUAUUGAAAAAGAAAUCGAACGGUACACAACAUAUGCGGAAGCCUAUAGUAAGCAUUUACAAGCCGAAAUUCGUAGCCGCAAAGCGGUGUUAAGCAAUCUCGAUACAGCCAUCAAAUUCUAUGCCAAUCAACGUGGAGAAGUAAAAGUGGUCGUUAGUGCUUAUAAAAACUUUGGUAGUCGCAUAAAACUUGUGAAGAAGAAACUGGAUGAAAUCACACCCAACUUGCCUAGCCCUAUACCAUCACCGGACAUAAAUGCGCCGUCACCGGAACCCGAUGCAGAUCUACAACUGCCGGAUGACCAAACACCGAUCUCAAUUAAUUUAUUCAAAAAUUCAAUCAAUGGUUAUUCGAGUUAUUUAGAUGGAAAAUUACCCUUUGACAUCAAUGAUUUUAAGCGAGACGACACAUCAAACAAAUCAAGUCAUCCAAUUGAGGUAAUAGGUUCUCGUUCAGACGAUGAGAGCUAUAGCUCCAGUACGGAAUAUUAUAAACCUGAGCCAAUAACCGCUUUUUCCAGCAGCACUAACAUUUCCAUACCAGGCUUAAAUCCUCUGCCAGUGCCUCCUGUUGAAUCGGGAUACACAUCACUUGCGCGCUCUGCACAACAAUAUGGUGGUUUACUGCCGCCACCCGCGACAACACUCUUUGGUGGCAAUAAUGGUCUACAUCACGAUUACAACACGAGUUACACACCCGAUAGUGGUUAUCAUGGAAGCGGUAGUGCGGUUGGUGCCGUUAGCAGUAAUUCGAUCAUGGGUGGACAACCACUAAUGCCACCGCCACCAAUGCCAAAUCUAUUAGACAAUGCUAGUGGUGGCAAUGGUAUCAGCGGUGUGUCACGUACAUCUAAUAACGGCAGUGAGGAUUUCAAUUCUACAUGGAAUAUGAAUUUGUCGUGGACCUCAGUGGACAAUUCUAAUUUGUCAAACUCUUCAUAUACGCGAGAUAAUAGCAUAGAUACACCGGUCUCACCACCACAUUUCGAACGAGAAGCUAGUAGUGGUGGUGGCGCGACCAUUGAGUACAGCGAGCACCACACCAGCAAUGUUUUGGUAUCGCAACAAGAUGUUGACCAUCGACGAUUAGCAUUCGAUGUGCCGAGUGCAGAUUUGGGUGUGAAAUUGGGACUGAGCAAAGAAAAAUCCCGUCAAUUGGAUAUAGAUCACAGGAAUUUGAUUUCGCUCACAGGCUCGCCGGGUGGCAAUGAUGACAAAAAAUCUUGGCUAUCACAGGAUCCGAAUUUUUUGGAAAAUGCAUCCGGCGACGUUGAUUACCGUGCUUUGCCAGUGAUGGCUUUGGAUUCGGCAGAUUUAUCGUCUAAACAUGGUUUAAUGGCGCCACCACCACCGAGUCUACAGAAAAAGACAAAUUCUCCACAAAAAAGCAAUGCCAGUUCAUCCUCAGACAAAGACGAUGCUGGUAGUGCACGUUAUGAUCCCUCCGAUAUGGUUAUCGAUAUGGAUAUGUCCGAUGAAGAUCUCGAUGAUAUAUUGAGAGAAGUGAAUGAGCAGCAAAGCGAUCAGCUUGAUAGUUCACAACAAUCAAUUGCUAGUGGUGACGGCUUACAAAUCGAUCUUUCUAAAGAUCAUAUCGACGACGAAGCAAUAGGUGCGGCUGCUGGCGGAAGACCAGCGCUAUUAGAAACACCGCCGGAGUAUAUACCGCAACCGGUCUGGAACAGCAGCCAGAUGGGGCAAGCGCCCAUGCCUAGCUACGAACCGCAAAAUAUAGGCAUGAACAUGGAGAUGCAACAGCAGGAAAUGUGGAAUCAAAACAACUGGCAUAACGACAACAAUGGACGUGGUUGUAACAAUGCUGGUGUGCCGCCACCGCCACGCCCACCCUUUCCAUUACCUUUUAAUAAUUUCCCAAUGAAUUCGAACAUGCGUGGUGGUCGUGGUGGCGGUGCUCCAGGCUGGGGAAAUUCGCCGCAGCAAAAUCAAUUUCGCAACGACAGAUUUCCACGGCCGCCACGUGGUGGUGGUGGACAUGCCGGCAGCCCGUAUUACAAUCGUGGUGGCAGAGGCGGCGGCGGCGGCGGUGGUGGUGGUGGUAUGCGUGGUGGAUUUCGUGGUAAAUUUCGCGGCAAUCCAGCGUGGAUUUAAUUUAGAUGUGACACUUUGAAAUAAAUAUAUGCGAUGUAUAACGAUGCAAAAGCAGUUAUAUCGUUUAUGUACAUACAUAACUAAAAUUCUAUAUGAAAUUUUAAAGAAAAAAAACUAAAUAAUCUUAGAUAUAACAAUUUGCGUUUAAUGAAUAAUUUUAGUGUGAACAUAAAUUAUAGUAUGCAUAUGAGUUCAUGAUUAUUUGAAGUUAUUAAAGUUUGUCUGGAUAAUUGAUGUGCGGUAAAAAUGCAAAAUUUGGUUAAAAAUUUGUUGCAGACACGUUUAACAUAAUAAGUGUCGGGUUUAACUUGUCCAGUCAAGCUAUUUAUUACUACUUAAUUUUAGUAAUUAAAUUUGCACAACCUCAUUAUCAUAUGUAUGCGUGUAUGUAUAUAUAUACAUUAUGUACGUAAUUUUAAAUGCUUAAACAUUUACCCCAUAUGAGCUUAGUGUUAUGUUAUUAUAUUACGAUAUUCGAUAUGCAAGCAGAAUCUCUUUACCAGCAAAUAUUUGGAGAAGUUAAAAACAAUUUGAUGUUUUUUUUUUUCAUUUUUUCAUGCAGAUGGUAAUGCGCCAUUUGUGUUUUGCUUUAAUUAGCAUAUUCAAUGUGUGACUGAGUCGAAAGCUUUACAACUUUUUCAUUUCGCUGGUAAAGAAAUCAAUUAACUAUAUUAUUUAGUUUAUUAUAUAACCGUUAAACUGGUUGACCUAAGUGUGGUGAAUUUCUCAUUUAAUUGAAGCGAUAUGAGUUACAUAAUUUACCAUAUGAAAUUUAACGAAAGCAAAUAAGCUGAAGUGUUACUCGAAAUCAGAACAGUUCAUCUUUAAAAUGAUCGAAUUUCACUAAAGAAAACAAAAUAAAAUAAAUAAUAAAUAGUUCUAUGAACCAAACAUGAGUACACAUAUUGCACACAACAGACACCUAGUAUUUGAAUCCCAUUACAACCACACAUUUUUUCUUUUUAUAAUUUCCGUUGACCUCGCCUACCCCCUCAACAAUCCACAAGUACAUAGAGUUAAAAAUUAUAAAUGUUUAUCAAAUAAAAAUUAACAAUAAAGUGUUUGCAUUACUUUAA